CAGCAGCCAGCAUCUCAAACUGGGCGGAAUAAACUUCCCAGGCCACCUUUCUGUCGAACUCUGUUGGCUUACGCCUCCCAGAGCGCCGGGAAGCCGAAGGACUGCAGGGUGGAGAAGGAGAAACACGCAAAUUGAGAGCCGCCCGGCCCGGGAGGGAGAGAGGGGUGAGGGAGGCAACGAGGCGGGUUGAAUGGGUCCGAAUCUGCCGCCAGGUGUGCUCAUAGGAGCCGUUCCGAUAGCUCCACAGCCUCCUGCGGUAGCCACCUGCUCCGACACGAUGUUGCACGGCCUUGAGUUUCCCUGCCGAGGUCCCCAGACAGGCCCCAGCAGAGAGGAAUUCACGGUGAAGGUCAAGCCUUCCCCUAGCAACUUGGCCUACCAUAGCGGGCCGCUUGAAUUGCACGCCGACCUCCCUUUUUACGAGUACCAACCUGGGGUGCAGUUCCUCCACUGUAUUGUGCAGUACCAGGGUGAGGGCGGAGACUCCCUCAUUGCGGACGCCGCAAACGUGGCACGCCAACUGCAACAAACCUAUCCUGAGCACUACAGAGUCCUCACCGAAACACGCGUAGAGUGGUCCGACCGCGGCACAGACGAGACGAGAGAAUUCUACAAAGUCCAACGUCUUCCAAUGAUCAGCCUGGACCAGAGUGGUGAAAUACAUCGCAUCAAUCUAAGCCAGCCCCAGAGGGACUCCUACUUUUCGGUGCCUGCCGGCGAUGUUCAGGCCUGGUACGCCGCGCUUGCUGCCUUCCGCGACCUCAUGACUGAUCCAAAGAACUACAUCCAGUCCAGGAUGACACCAGGCACAAUCCUCACCUUUGACAACCUGAGGAUCCUCCACGGGCGCACCGGCAACAUGUCAGUCCUGGGUGAGAGGCACGUGGAGGGCUGCUACGUGGACUGGGACGAGGUCAGCUCACGCAGACGAGUGUUGGAGACUAAGCUGGGUCCAGGGUCUCUAUAAAAUCUCACAAAUCUGGAAAGAAAAAAAGGUGAUGGAAUGAAGUGCAGGAUAACAUUUACAAUUGAUCGUUUAGUAACUUGAUGACCUUCACUUAAUCUAUGUCUAGCAAACUUUUGACAGAAAAAUAAUAGAUCCAUGAAAAAUUACUAAUAAUACGGUACAAUGGAUCCCCAGAACCAUUACAAUUCCACAUUCAUUACUUGACAAUGUGAAUGAACACCUUGAAUACACUUGUUCAUCAAGAUUAACAUUUCAUUAAAUAUAAGUGACGAUAUGUUGCAAAUGCA